ACUAUGGUGAUCUCGCUUACCUUAAGAGAUAGAAAGUUGGCUAAAUGGGGGCAAAGUUGCGAAUUUCCGUGCUGAAUAACCGUCUGGUGCCGCGAGCCCAUUAAAAGUCUUUUCAAUUUGUUUGAGAUCCACCGGAAAAUAGCUUAUUCUUAUAGAUUUUGGCCUGUAGAGCCCAAAACGACCUGAAUUUCGAAGAUUGAAUAAAAAAUCCCGAAAAAAUGUUGGCAUUUUCUAAAACAAACAUUGAACGCCUUUCAAUUCAAGCGCUCGGUUUGGAAGUUUAUUGUUUCGCGGUUUGGACUUUCUCGAGAGGCUUUGAAGCAACACCAAACCUAAUGAAAUUACCACUUCGAAAAUCUGACAGAGAACCUCACACGGUUUUAGGUGCGUGUGGUUUUCAUUUCGCGGCGCAACACGGGAAUUUGAAAUAAUGAAUCACACCUUAAUUUCUUUUGAUUAAUUUAACGACGUUGCAGAAAUGAGACAUUAAAAUGAAAUUAAACUAAACUUUUUGAAACAUUUACUGAAAUUGUACAGUAACUCGUUUAGCUUAGUGUCUUCGUACCUCCUGUGUUGAUAGGUAGGUAUGUUUCACAACCCUUGUGAAAAACCUACUUCCACAACACUAAAACAUGAUAAAGCCGAAUAAAAUGUGAGCCCAGAACUGGCUAUCCUAUUCUGGAUCUUUCUGGUUAGACGGAGAAAAAUCCAGCGCAAAUCGUAGGCAUACUUUCCUUGCCAAACUAAACGUGAGGAAGGAACCGAAGAAGUUUCUUGCAUAGACAACCCAUCAAGCUUCAAACAAGUAUUUUACAAAAAAAUACAAUUACGGUAACUAUUGACUUCUGUAUUUAAUUAGUUGCUUCCUGUAUUUGUUUAAAAGAGGUGCUCCGAAUUUUCCACGAUUACGAAUGCGAAAAUGACGGCAGCCAUUCGAGACGAUGAAUUAUGAAAACGCGAACUGAUAAAAAUCGAAAUUUUUUACCCGGUGGUUUUUCACGUAUAACGGAAUUUCCAAUUUGGCGAUAACGUCCUGUACCGCAAGACUGAUAGUACGUCCUCAGUGUCCGCGUGCAAGAUUUGUAUACGAAAAGUGAGAAAGUUGGUUUUUGGACAAUGGAAAAUACGCUCCUACUCAUCUCUUCUUUGUUAACAAUAUGUCUAACACAAGAAAUUGCAUUUCCUGGUAUAGAAGAAAAUGAAAAGCCAGGAGAAGAGCCGCACAGAUUAUCGGACAAACGGACACCUCUAAUGAUUCCGGGUGCAUGUCCUCCGAAUCAGUUACUCUUCCCCGGUGACCAGCAGCACGAUUGGAUUUGUGACUGCGGACCAGGUUUCUUAUAUUACCCCCCGAAGGACGGAUGCUUUAUGGCAUAUAUGCAAGGACCUUGCAACACACGUGAGUAUCUAGUCUUGCCGAAGAACGAGGUCAUUCCGGAAUGUAUUCGAAACCCGUGCCGAAAGGAUGGACUUGUCAGGUACAAUGGAAAAUGUUACGAGCUAGGUAAAAGUGGUGAGCCAUGCCCACCGGCAAAUGAAGGUGGUGGAGUGUUCGGAGUCAACACAACAACGUUCGACUUGGAAUGUCUAGAAGGUGAAGACAGAUUAUCUUUGAUUAACUUUCCCCCAAACUGCCCGAAGGGCAGCAGGAGAAGUGCGAGUCGGUGCAGACCAGAAUAUUAAAGACAAUAUAAGAGCUUUUUCAUUAGCAAAUAGAAUGCAUUAUUUUAGCUAGUUUAUUCAUCAGUGUCUAUUUAUUGUGUUAUACAAAUUAUGAAUUCGCUUUAUAACUUGCAAAUUAAGGUUAAAAUUUGUUCUUACCCUUAAAAAUAAGUAAAGAAAACAACACAA